AUGGCGUCGUCCAGUUCAGAUGUGCUUGACCGCAGCGACGGCUCUCUCAGCCCAGCGCAGUCACUCUUCCUCACCAUGUAUGACGGACCAUGGGGAGAAGGCGAGACAAGGCUGUUAUUAAACCUUUAUGCACACUACUCAACCAAAGUAGGCCCCAUGAAAAAAUUCCGCUGCAAGCGUGCUAUGUACGAGUAUAUUUCUAAGGAAAUUCUUCAGAUCCUGAAUAUUUACAGGACUCCGACACAGUGCGAGUCACGAUUCAAGACAAUUGCAAAGCGAAAGAAAGAUGAAGACACUAAUAACAAAACAUCAGGCCAUUCCCGCUGCCAGGUGUCGUAUGAAGAAGAAUUUGCGGCAAUAAGGGCAGCAGAUGACAGCAUACAGCCCGAAGUUCUUCGUGGUGUGCACUCCGUGACAUACAAGACAUCUCAAUCUGCUCAAGGUGCCAAGGAUCCCGCCAACAUUCUUACAGGUGCUGCCAACAUUCCUAUAGGAGCUGACUGUGCUGACCUGUCAGGCAACUCUGAAUUUCUCGAGGCCCCUUCAAGCGUAGUUACCGACUCUGCACCAAAAAGAAAGGGAACACACAAGGCAGGCCGUCCUAAUGCAGGUCGAAUGAUGCACAUGAAGUAUUUCUUUGAGCACAUGCAAAAAAUAAAUGAAGAGCGAGAAGCAAAAAGGGAAGAGAGAGAGAAAAGACGAGAGGAAAGGCACCAAGAGCUGCUCAAACUCCACAGGGAGCACAUCGCUGCAUUGAAAGACCUUGCAGCAAAAGAAGACAUGUGAAGCGUGGCAUAUACA